GUCCUCCCCAAUGUUUGCUUCCGAAAAAAUAUUAAAUAAAAUGAAGUUCUUCAUUUAUCUCGUUGGGUUCUUUGUCCUUUUGAAUGGAAUCACGGCCGACAAAGUAGCAGAUUCUGUUAUUCAAGAUUCUUGCAAAAAAAUAACAAGUUUAUACGACUUCUGCGUAGCAUCUAUCAAAGAAAAUCCGGAGAGUCAGAAAGUGAAAAAUAUCGAUGAUUUGAUCAUAGUAGCACUGAAAAAUGCUAUGUCGAACAUGACACAUGUGAAAGGAAUUGUAGAUAAGAUUCUGAAGGACAGGAAGUAUAAGAGUAAGGCAAUUAUUAAGCCGUUGCGCAAUUGCAUCAAAUAUUAUUCUGAGGGCACUGACUUGUUAGCCAAAGUUUUAGAGAAUGCGAAGUUGAGGAAUUACAAUAAAGUUUUAGGUAGUAUUACUGAUGCAGUAGAUGUUCCAUUACAUUGCGAAUAUGGAUUCGAGGGCAAAAAUGAGCUGAAAUCUCCGGUGAAGAAAGAGAACCGAGUUCUCACGUACCUGACAGGCAUUUGUGAAUCUAUUAUAUAUUCAACUGCCCGUAGAAACUAGUCUACCACCGUAUAGCGUCUAGCUGAAGCAGUCCAUUGGUUUAAAGCGUUGAAUAGUUCUUCUGGCUUUCUGGCAUUUUAGGGGCUGUUCGUUUCUCUAUUUGUCAUUUCAAUCCAGCUACUUCAUCUAUAUGAUCCAUCUAGAUAAUUCAUCUAGAUUUUAGGGGUUUUUCGUUUUUCCAUCCAGAUGAACUAUCUAGAUGAACUAUUUCAAUGGAUUUUAUGUUUGUUUCUUUAUUUCUAUUUCCAUCGAAAAGAGUUUAAUAAACAAAUUACAAA